UGUCAUGCCAAUGAAAGUUUUAGGCGACUAACUGAUGGCGCAGAGACAUGCAGUAAUGUGGCUUGUAGGCCUGCUUGUCGUACAGAUUGUGGUAUCUCAACAACCAACUAUAACCAAGUCCGAUGGGAAAAUUUUAUUAAAUUUAGAAUAUGUCAACCAACCAGUUCUACGAUUUAACCCAAUAUAUAAGAAUACAUUUAAACCAAUCUCCUCAAUAGUAGCAGAGCCAGGAACAAAUUCUCAACCAGAACCACAAUCAGAACCAACAACAGAACCACAACCAGAACAAAAAACAGAACCAACACCAGAACCGCAUACAGAAUCACAACCAGAACCAGAGACAACACCAGAACUAGAGAUAACACCAGAACCAGAGACAACACCAGAACCAGAGACAACACCAAAACCAAAGCGAAAUCCAAAACCAGAACUAGAAGCAAUAACAACUGACAAACUGUACAAACUAUUACAGUUUUUCAAAAAUUUUGUGUAAUUAAUGCCAAAAGGCCCUCAAUUAUAAGUGUAACAACACAACAGAGCCAGAAGUAACGGAUAUGAGGAUGUAUGAAUGAACUUGAAUCUCGGAAACAAUAUUAUGCGAUACCAAAUAUAAUCCAUCAGAAAUCAACUUGAUUGGAAAUGGGCGCAAAGCUUUUAAGGAAUACUACCUUUACUUCUCCAUUGACUUUUAUUAUUAUUGUGGUCAUUCGUUGAUUAUACGAAGACUUCUAGCACAUAAGACUCCAAUAUAACGUAAUUAAGGCAAGGCAUAAUAAAACCAGAAAAAACUUUAA